UUUUUGUUUGGGAAGCAGAACACCCACAGCCCUGUUACUGUCCUUACUCCAACUUACUCUUCUAUUAUGGGGAACAAUUCCCACCAGGUGGGUUUAUUCUUUUCAUUCUCAUAACCUUCUGGAAAAGUGGACAAAGGUUGAUGUUUAAAUUUGAUGCUGAAUUAUUUUCAGUUUGGCACAGAACUGAAUUCUAAAUUUGGAUUUGUGAGUUGCCAGGAAAAUCAUAUUUUUGGCUCUGUGGCCAUGGGCAUCAAGGACAAACCUGGAGGUACAAAUAGCUGUGAGGGAGACCCCGCCGCCCCACUGCCCAGGCCAGAUCCAGUGAGCGGCCAUGAAGACACUUAUCCUCUUUGCCCUCCUGGGAGCUGCUGUUGCUUUCCCCGUUGACGAUGAUGACAAGAUCGUCGGGGGCUACACCUGUGGGAAGAACUCCCUCCCCUACCAGGUGUCCCUGAACUCUGGCUACCACUUCUGUGGUGGCUCCCUCAUCAGUGCCCAGUGGGUGGUGUCCGCUGCCCACUGCUACAAGUCCCGAAUCCAGGUGCGUCUGGGAGAACACAACAUUGAAGUCACAGAGGGCAAUGAACAAUUCAUUAAUUCAGCCAAGGUCAUCCGCCACCCCAAUUACAAUGCAAACGAUCUCAAUAAUGACAUCAUGCUGAUUAAACUGAGCUCACCUGCCACCAUCAACUCUCGCGUGGCUACUGUCUCCCUGCCAAGAUCUUGUGCAGCGGCUGGUACCCAGUGCCUCAUCUCCGGUUGGGGCAACACCCUGAGCAGUGGGCAAAACUACCCUGAGCUCCUGCAGUGUCUGAACGCUCCCAUCCUCUCCGACAGCACUUGCCGCAACGCCUACCCAGGCGAGAUCACCAGCAACAUGAUGUGUGUGGGCUUCCUGGAGGGUGGAAAGGACUCUUGCCAGGGCGACUCUGGCGGCCCCGUGGUCUGCAAUGGAGAGCUCCAGGGCGUUGUCUCCUGGGGCUACGGCUGUGCUCUCAAAGGCAAGCCUGGCGUCUACACCAAGGUGUGCAAUUACGUGAGCUGGAUUCAGCAGACCAUAGCUGCCAACUAAUUUCACCUUCCUCUAAUGCCUGGAAACACUAUCUAAAUAAAAAGAUUUUCUCUGCCCCAAA